AUGGGACAGGAUAAGAUCGACACCCAGUUCCUCAAGGACACCGUCGCGGACGUCCUCGUCCGAGCUUGCUCCGAGUGCGCGGUGUCGCAGCCCAAGGAUCCGGUGGGUUUCGUCGCGGGCUGGCUGGACCAGUACGUCGCGAAUGACACGAUCCUAAAGAAGCACGAGGCGGCGAAGCAGCUCGCCGCCGAGCAGGAGGCUGCGAUCGAGCAGGAGAAGCAGGAUGCGAUCGAGGCUGUCGAGAACAAGAAAACGCGCAUCAAGAACGCGAUGGAACACCUGCGCACACUCACCGGCGACCCCGACAUCCUGUACAAGCACAUGGCAAACUACGCGCUGAGGCUUUCUUCCAACCCCAAGGGCGCGAGGACGUACGUCGCCGACCUCGAGGAGCCCGAGGAGGACGAGAUGGCUCCCAGGCCCGACGGCGAGGAAGAGGAGGAAGACGAACCCGAGCCUGAGCCCGAGCCCGUGCCUGAGGAGAACGAGGAGGACGAGGGCGACGGGGAGGAGAAACCGGUGGUGUUUGACUACACCAAGAUGUACUUUCGCUACGUCUCCGCAGCCUCGGGCGUCCGUGGCGAAGAUGGCGAGUGGGUCGUGGGCAAGAAGCUCGAGCGCGGCGAAGGAGUUUCGUUCAAACUCAUCGACAACACCCCGCAGGCGCCGUGGGUCGACAUCGACAACUGCCUGACCUACGUCGGCCCCGAGCGGACCAUUCCCUUGGCCGAAGGCGAAGACCCUCCGCCACCCCCAGAUGAGGAAGACGGUCCUCAGGGCGAAACCGUGGCCUUCCUCAAGGGCUUCCCCAGGGUCGGCGCGUACUUCGCCGUGCCCAUCAAACUCGCCACCGGAGAGAUCGCAGGUAUGCUCUGCAUGGACACCCUCAAGGGUCCCGCGGGUGGCAGCGGUAGGCCCAUCUCCACGGAGGACAAGGACCUCCUCCGAGAAGUUGCGCACAACGCCUCCGUCGCGCUCAACGCCGCCGCGGAGAUGCGCGCGGCCAAACUGGCCCUCGCCGCCGAAGAGCAAGCGGCAAUCGCCGAGGCUCUCGCGGCGACCGAGGAUCCCAAGCCCGAGCUGGCCGACGGUGAAGACCCACCCCCCGAGCCCGAGCCUGAGCCCGACGAGCCCGAGGCGCCCCAGGAUGGAGAAGACGAGGACGACGCCGCGCUUCGCGUCAACAUCGCCAAGACCCGCAAGGCGCUCGAGGCGGCGAAGGCGAACCUGAGCAGGAAGCAGAAGAGGUUCACCGCGGUCGAUACGCUCCUGGACGGCGUCGACGACGAGGCGCUGCUCGAGAUCCGAUCCCUGCAGCGCGCGCCCAAGUACACGUGGAAGGCGCUCAAGGCGGCGCUCUGGAUCACGGGCCAUAAAAAGUACGAGUUUCAGACUUGGGCGCUGACCCGCAAGCUCAUCGGGGACGACAAGAUCAUCAAGGAGUUCAAGGACAUCGAUCCCUCGGAGAUGACCCUGACGGACAAGGCCAGGCAGGGUUCGAGGAAGUGCCUGAGGGGCAUCCGGGACUCGGAGAUUGUCAAGGAAUCGAAGACGGGUGCCGUUUUCUAUCGGUGGUGCGUCGGAUUCACGGACGUGGCAGUCGCCGCCCACGAGGUGAAGUCGAACACCGAGGCUCUCGCGGAGUACGAGACGGAUCAGAGGCAGAGAGCGGAGAAGAAGGCUGCCGGAGGAGGCGGCGAGGAGGCGCCGGCGGAAGAGGCACCGUCUGCGUAG